CCUCGUAGCGGCCGCAGGGGCUCCGCCGGGAGCAUGGUGCUCCUUACACUCGUCGCAGCGCUGCUGGCGUCGCUGUUCAACCCCACAACGAGUGUAACCUCGGGUCGCCUGAGGUCAACUUCGCUCCGACUGAGGAUCACCCGGAUCGAGGUGAACUCGAUAGAGAUGACCUGGCAUCUGGAAAACCCGCAACACAGCCAGCUGAACACGAGCGCGUGUCGACUGCUGUACAGCACCUCCGGCGGGCCGCAGCUGCUGGUCCUGGCCGGCCUGAGGCCCCAUAGCCGCACUUUCAGCCUGCACCUGCCCCACGGAGACUGGGCCUACAGUGUCCGGCUCAGCUGUCCGCUGGGAGACACCGCGCUCACCUCCAACCGGGUCCAGUUCACGUUCGAGCCGCUGCCGGGGGGAGCGCCCACGCUGCUGCCGUACCGGAGUCAGUCGACGGAGCCGGAGCGGCCAGCCGCCGCCGCCGCCGACGCCGGCGCCUAUCACAACAGGCCGCUGGUCCGGGCCCAGUCGGGCUCGUCCCACAUUCUGCUCGGCAUCGGCUGCGGUCUGGUGGGUCUGGUCGUCGUGAACACGACGCUAAUCCUGCUGAUCCGACGCUACACACGCCGUCGGCAGCGCCGGCGACGGGAAGAAUUGUUCAGGACAUUUGGGCCUGCGGCUUUUCAAGACGAGGAGUUGGUCUACCACAUCACAGCAUAGAAGAUGCUCUCCUAUCUCACCACACGCCGUGCGAGCGCGUGCACAGACAAUACGGAGAAUGGAGAAGGGGGAGAGGGGUGGU